CUCCCUCACUCUUCUCUCGGCUCUCUCUCAAUCCUCCCUCUCAAUUUUUUUUUUUUUUUUUUUUUGUGUUAACAACAAAACAAACAAUUCUCACUCAUUCUCGGCUCUAUGUUUUCUCUCAACUACACAAACAAACACCAAUACAAAACCUCAUUCUCUCCCUUUCGGCUCCUUUUCUCCCAACACACUCACACACGACAAAGAGACAGCAACCGAUUGGAUUGGAGCUUGUAAUUUCGUCAAAUUUUUAGUCAAGAGACUACAUUCUUCAUUGAGGAAUUGGACUUUGAGCCUUUGACAGAAUCGGGGACAGAGAUGGAAACAGGAAAGGUGGUAGUGGAGAGGGUAGGUGGAAAGUCAGCUGCUAUUCACUGCUACUCAAAGUAUCCUCUUAAAUUCAUCAUCCCCAAUAAGGUGGGUCCUUCUCAAAUUGAUGCUGUUUGGAUUUACACUAUCACUUAUGGUGGUGGAAUUGUGUCGGGUGAUGCUAUAAAGUGUGAUAUUUCAGUUGGUGAUGGGUGCACCACAGUGUUAACCACUCAAGCUUCAACAAAGGUCUACAAAUCUGUGGAAUCAAAGUGCUCUGAACAAGUCCUGGAGGCAAGAAUUGGAAGUGAUGCACUUUUGGCUGUGAUUCCAGAUCCAGUUACAUGUUUUUCAACUGCAAAGUAUUCUCAAACUCAAGUAUUCAAAGUCUUUCCCAGCUCCAGCUUGCUCAUUGUUGAUUGGAUAACUAGUGGCCGUUAUGGAAGAGGUGAAAAGUGGGACUUUGAACUUUACAAGAGCACUAACAACAUUUUUCUAGAUGCUGAUGAGCCUUUGUUUCUUGACACGAUAUUGCUAGAGCAGGGAAGGUAUAGCAGUAUUGCUGAACGGAUGCAAGAUUAUCAAGUAAUUGCAAUGGUUAUACUUUUGGGGCCAAAGCUGAAGUUCAUUCAAGACCAAAUUCAGGAAAAUGUGAAAAACUUGAUGUCUCAGCAAUUACGUAUUCCUUCAGGUAGCUCUGGACGAUAUGGAGAUAUUGAUGACAAUCCUUUCUUCACCAGACCGAGCUUUUUGGCCUCCUGCAGCGUCUUUGGUCCAAAGGGAAGAGGUGUUGUGGUUCGAAUUGCUGCAAUGACGACUGAGUCAGUCUACAGUUUUCUUCAAUGUCAGUUGUCUGGCCUGGACUCACUGCUUGGUGUGGCGCCAUAUCGAUGAUUGCGGAGGGCCUUUUUGUGGCUUAGGAAACAUCAUAAAGUCAUCCAAGAUACUGAAAGAGGCUAAUUGCUCUGUUUGUACUUUUUUCCUUCUAAAGAAGAUUCUCUUAAUUAAGUGGUAAUAUAAUCUAUGAUAUUGUAUCUGGCACAUUUUCAACUUCUGUUAUAGUGCCUAAUCCUGGUUGCAAAAUUUGUAGUGGGGAUAAUUUUAUAAACCUCCCUUUCUAACAAUUUUGCGUAGCGCCCCUGAUGUUUUGAGUGCUGUAAUAAUGUAAACCCCUAUCACAAUAAGUGAUAUUAAAAGGCUGUGGGAAAUGUAGGCAAGUGAUAUCAAA